AUGAAAAUAUAUUUAUUAUUAUUACUAUCAAUAGUUUUAUUAUCUUGUUGUUUGACAAGUAUAACAACUGCCGAAACUACUACUGUAAGAAGAACGUCUAAAUAUGUAGAAGAAAUUCCAGUUUGUAAAUCAUUAGGACCAAGAGAAUGUGCCAAAUCAUCAUAUUGUACACCAGUAUUUGGUACUGGAUGUUGUGGAGACAUUGACUAUGAAUGUGUCCAAAUCCCACAACACUCUUGCAAAUUUAAUGAUAGUGAUACAAAGUGGUGUCUUGCCUCUGGUGAUCAUCACAACUUUUAUCAAUAUUCUACAAACAAUAUAGAUUGUCUUCCAGGUAGAUUGGAAAAUUAUUUUGUUCCAAAUGAUAGAAGAUGUAAACAUGUUGAAUGUCCAAGUGGAUUUACAUGUGAAAAUAGAGGAACUGAAGAUGUAGUAUUUUGUGACUCCAAGAAUCCAUGUUGCAACUUUGAAUCAAUGUGUAUUAUGAAGAGUGGAAGAAAUCCUCAUAGUGUAGCAGAAGCCUACCUCCAAGAACUCAACAACCCACACAAAAAGAAUUCAAACACUUUGCCACCACUCUAUGGUCCAGAUGCUGAUUCAAAAAAGAAAAAGGAUAAAAAGCAAGAGGAAGAAGAAGAAGAGGAAAUUGAUCAAGAGGAUCAUGUUCAACCAGCUCCACCAACCAAGAAACCAUUCAUUAAACCAACUGCUAAACCAACUAUGAAACCAACAAUGAAACCAACUGCUAAGCCAACUAUGAAACCAACAAUGAAACCAACAAUGAAACCAACCAUUAGACCAAAUCCAACUAUCACACCAACUAUGAAACCAUCAGUUUCAAAAACAAUCGCAACAAAGAAACCAACCUCACCACCUGAUGUUACCAUUGAGCCAUGGUUAAUGACUACAACAACAACUACCACCACUGGAAAGGUACCAAAGGCACCAAAGGCAUCUACUACUACUACCACUACUGGAUGGUCAUUUGCCUCACCAAAGCCAACAGUACCACCAAAAAAGACUAAGGAAUCAUCAUCUGAAGAACCAUCGUCUACAUCGACCACUGGAUAUGUUCAAAUUGAUGGAGGAGAGAUCGUAGAUGAAGACUCACACCUUGGUGGCAAAUACUCUUAUACCAUUGAACCAUUAUACAAUGGUGUAGAGAAAGCACAAGAUGCUGCUUCAGGUGAAUUGGAUGGUCUUCAAGAGGCUUAA